AGGCGCAUCUGAUCUUUUCUCCCCUUCUCUACAGUUUUUUCGGCCACCGAGUCAAAAGUGGGAUUUCUCUUUUCUGUUUUAAUCACAGGAGUGGUAUCUGCCUUCCACAUAUCUUUUUCUUCUCUCUCAGUCGUUCUGUCUUUUAUGUUGCUGAAACCUGGGAGACCCAGCUCCUCCCCUCCUCCUCGUUUACUCCUCUUAGAGGAGAACCCAAAAGAAGCAGCUCAAGGCUUCGCGCGUCUCCUUCUCCCGCUGCUCCAGCGCUGCCAGGAGGAUUUCCAAAAGUCAUUUCAAGUGGACUUUUGUUUUUGUGAUUUUGGCCGAGGAGUGCAGCUCGGGACCACAUCCAAGAAGAGAAUGAGGGUAAAGUACUCUGACCUGUGAGGGACGUGUUUCUGGAGAGUGAGAGAGAGGAAAGUAAAGAAGGACAGAGAAAAGAGGAGGAAACGGAGGAGAGAAAUGGAGAACAUGCGUGGUCUUUUAUUUCCAGAAAUAUUUUUCCGGAUGGAUUAGGACAGAAAGAGGAGACUCGUUGCCUUGAAAUCUCACAUUUUCUAUUGUAGACUACUGGAUGUGGACUGAUUGCUUUUAUUGAUCCGCAGAUUGACUGGUUGACUGUCGGCCGUUAUCACCCGGCAAACUUGGACUUGUGGGGGAUUUUAAGACGGGAAGUGAAUCCUGCACUGCAGCUUUUGGCAUAACACGACGCAUCUGCAACAGCACCUCCGGAUUGAUUACUUGAUUGACAAAUAUAUCGACGACACCAGCCUGCACAGUGGCACUCUAAUGAUUGAUUACCUCAAUAUUGUAUGCCCUUUAGGAAUAUUACAUGGACGCACUCUAUCAUAAAAGACACAAUAUGAAGUACUCACACUGAGUACCGCCGCUACAUUAAAGCUCCAGCAGGAAUAUUACAAGGUAGCACAUGGGCAGAAAGUACCAUAAAGUACUAUAAUAAUGACUAUAAACUGAUAAUAUGCCACAACUGUGAAAUUAGUAUAAGAAUUUAAUAGGGAUUGUUAUAGUGCAAGUGCUUCGCGGGAUUCCAGUUUGGAGAUUGGAAGUUAUUUUUGGCUGCGCAAAGUAGAGCGACUCUUCCACACCACUGCCCGGGCAGAGACAGACUGAACACGGAGGUCUACCUACUUGCCUCUGUCUUACAUCCCGUCCUGAAGCAAAGGAGUGGGAUAGACAGAGGGCUGAGGAGACAGAAAAGAGAGCGGAGAGAAAGGGACAGGACGCGUAGCUGCGGUUGGAGCAGACUUAGCUUUCCAACAUCUUUGUGAAGGAGGGAGAGGAAAAGGAUUUCAUCCUUAUGCAGCAGGCAAGACUUUCAUGUUAAAGGCUGUAAAUGUCCCUUUUUUUGGCAGAGAAGAGGGGAAGAAACGACCUCAUCUAGCCUUUCAUUUAUCUACCUUUUGUCCUGCCAGUUUGGAGAGCUGAGAAAUUUGGCAGCACCUGACAGCGGAGACACACAAGGAGAGGAGCCAGAAGAGGGAUUAUUUCAGCACAUUUUUGACAUUUUCAAGAUUCUGUCAUCAGCGUCGCUUGGAUUCAGGAUUAGCUAGCCUACUCCAGUACACCAGGUGCCAGUGGAGAAUAGAGAGAUGAAGCCUUUAUCCCUCCUCCUCUUCCUCCUCCUCCUCCUCCUCGCCUCAGGAGCCUGUGACGACGUCAAGUACAUCUCCAAGAGGAACUCAGUGGAUGGAUGCAUAGACUGGUCAGUGGAUCUGAAGGAGUACCAUGUUCUGGCCGGUGAACCCGUUCGGGUGAAAUGUGCCUUGUUCUACAGCUACAUCCGAACCAACUACACCAUGGCCACCAACGCCAAACUGCGCCUCAUCUGGUAUAAGAACAAAGGAGAUGCAGAGGAGCCUAUCAUCUUCUCAGGACAUAGGCUGAGUAAAGAAGACGACUCCAUCUGGUUCAGAUCUGCUGAAAUGGAAGACAAUGGAUUUUACACCUGUGUUCUAAGGAACUCGACAUACUGCAUGAAAGUGUCCAUGUCGAUGACUGUGGACGAGAGUGAUGAGGGGAAAUGCUUCAGCAGCAAUAUCCGCCACCUGGAAAAGGCUGAGAUAACCCAUAGCAAAAUGAUCACCUGCCCUGAUAUAGAAGACUAUAUGGCUCCAUACAAGCAACCGCAGAUGACCUGGUAUAAGGAGUGUGAGCGGGUCGAAUGGAGAAGCUCCAUCACAGUUAACACUACACAUGUCUGGAUUCCUGAGGUAGAGGAGGGCGACGGGGGAAAUUACACGUGUGAGUUACAGUAUGGAUCCAGACUCGUGCGGCGGACCACACAACUCAAAGUGACAGCUCUCCAGACCACUCAGCCUCCCAAGGUCCUUUUCCCCCCGGAGAGACAGGACACCGUGAUAGAGAUCACGCCUGGUAUGCCUCUCAGUCUAGACUGCAAGGCAUUUUUUGGCUACAGUGGAGAAAACAGAAGGCCCAUUAUCUACUGGAUGAAAGGAGAAAAGUUUGUCGAAGAACUAGCUGGACAUAUUAAAGAAAGUGAAGUCAGGAUCUUGAGGGAGCAUUUAGGGGAGAAGGAGGUGCAGCUUUCCUUAACGUUUGAUGCUGUGGACGAGACAGACCUGGCCAACUACACCUGUUACGUGGAGAACCACAUAGGGAAGCGCAGCGGGAGUGCUAUACUGCAGAAGAAAGAUAUGUAUCGCCUGGAGUUGGCUGGUGGUCUGGGGGUCAUAUUGUUGCUGCUGGGAGUCCUGACAGCACUUUAUAAGUGUUACAACCUGGAGAUCAUGCUCUGCUACAGGAGACACUUUGGCAGUGAUGAAACUGAAGAUGAUAAUAAGGAGUACGAUGCCUAUCUGUCCUAUACUAAAGUGGACUUAGACUCUUUGGGCAGGACGAGCAGCGAUGAGGAAACGUUUGCUUUGGAAAUCCUGCCGGAUGUUUUAGAGAAACAUUAUGGAUACAAGCUGUUUAUACCAGACAGAGAUCUAAUACCCAGCAGUACCUACAUUGAAGACUUAGCUCGCAGCGUGGAACAGAGCAGACGUUUGAUCAUCGUUUUGACUCCAGAGUUUGUCGCCAAAAGAGGGUGGAGCAUCUUCCAGAUAGAGACACGCCUCCACUCCAUGCUGGUUACUGGGGAGAUCAAGGUGAUCAUGAUAGAGUGUGCAGACCUGAAGAAUGUCAUCAACUACCAAGAGGUGGAAGCACUUAAACACACAAUCAAGGUCUUAUCCAUCAUCAAGUGGAGGGGUCCUAAGAGCAAUGAGCUGUCAUCUAAGUUUUGGAAACAGGUGGUUUAUGAGAUGCCCGCUAAACGCAGAGAGACGUUGUCCAGACGUCAGGUGAUGGACUCUGGUGAACAGGGCCUCUUUGGUGACCUACAGACCACCGUCUCCACCAUUGCAAUGACAACAACCUCCGCCUCCUUGGGACCCCCGAAUGAGAGUCGCCAUGGACAUCAUCAGGUUGCCUUGGCGACAGAGAUUCCCGACUACAACCAGAUGACCUUGCCGUUGGGAGGCAGUCACACUGCUACAGCGGCCCAGAUGAGGCAUUUCUGCCGCAGCUACGAGUUCCAGCUCCCCCCACAGCCUUCCUCACUGUCCCCUCCCCUCCCCCCUCCCUCCACCGUGCAGUUUUCCACUCUGGGUCCUGGGGGACGCCACGUCUAUUGCAAUAUCCCUAUGACACUGCUGAAUGGACAGGUGCCUCAGAGCAGUACGCUUGGGAAGAAGCCAGAACUUCACCUGAACAGCACCUUCGUACCACUCACCAGCAGAGAACUAAGCUCUGACAUCUGGUAGAAGGACUGCUCAACUAGUACUGGAUUACAGACCGGUUUACAGACGGCUUUUACAAUGGCUUUGAACGUGGUGUAGACUGGUUGGUUGACUAGUUUUGAUUGGGUUUUUGGACAUGUGUAUAGCCAUAGCUUUCAGGAGGGACUUCUUGCAGACUGCCAUUGGACUAGUUUUGGGCUACUUGAUCCCAUCAGCAGCAGACUGCUUACAGACGGAUGUAUUCACAUUAUAAAAGUGAUUGUACGCUGGCUUUGGACCUACCAACUGGUUACAGAUUGAUACAAACUGAUAUGUAAGAUGACCAUUGGAAACAUGACUGGUCAUACCCGUUGGACUGGAGCAUAAAGUUUGUAAACUGGUAUGGACAUGUGGAUGUAAUAAACUACAACAGGCAAUGAACAGGUCCAGGAUACCUAAACAAUGAGUAGGUAUCCACAGACAGGAUUACUUGGAGUAGGAGUAUUUGUUGAACAAGCUACCAAGUUGGACUUCGGAGCACAAAAAAUACAAAGUAUUUUGUAAUCGGAGUCUGCUCGCACCCCAGCUGUGUAUGUGGAAAAAACAGUUGACUUGUCAGCUGCUUAACUACUCGGAAAUUUUGGUCGACUGAAAAGUAGCGUAAUCUUGGAAAUCUUGGAAUGUUAGUCAAUCCACCUAACUGAGUUCUCAGUAUAUUGAUCUACCUGUUGACUAGGUGGCUUGUCAGUAAACGAGGCAGACUUCAAGCAAUGAUUUUGGAAUACCAGUCCACCUUAAAACAACAAGUCAACCUCUUGAAAUACAAUUCCCGGGCUAGCUAGCUAGUUAGCUAACUGGUUUGGUUCUUAGAAGCUAAAAUGGUUGACUUAAAAGAAAUGGAAUCCAGCAACAAUAUUGAAGAAGUGAUGCGUAAAGCAAUUGCUUAACUUUGUUACUGAGAAAGCACAGAACUUUAGCUGGUGUACAUGGAAGCUAGUUGUUAAAACUAGCUAACUAAAAGGCUGUAACUUCUUGAGCUAGGCGGAUGCUAAAAGCCACCAUGAGACUGCAAACCAGCCUGCUCAUCACCUUGUGACCCAGUAAUCAGCAACUUGUCAACUCAUCAAGAGGUGAACUUGCCAAGAGGUGACAUUCCAACUUUUACCACCAAGCGAAAAGCUAAAAGGACUUGGCUUUUUCUAUUUGCAUGACCACCCAUUUAGAUAAAAAAGAAUAAUCAAAUAAACAUAGAUAAAAGAGUAAAUGACACAGUCAUUUCUCACAGCCUCUUUUAAUAUGGAGGAGAAUAAACAUCUUAUGUUGAUACAGUAUAUUUGUUUUCUGUCCGACCAUGAAGUAAUGAUAAAAACUGAUAAAGGGAAAAAAGGAGGUAUCCCUCCAAAAACAUUGUUAUUAUUUAUUUUCUUCUGCUUUAUUUAAGAGUUUUAUCCUUCUAGAAGGUUGGUGAUCAUGUUUUGGCAGGCUUUGUUUUUAAUGUUUGUUUGUUACAAUAAUCUCUGUACAGCUUCCAUAACUUAUGCAUAGACCUAUACAGUACAUGGCGGUGAUUUGUUCCCUACAAUUUCUGUUAAUACCCACAUUAAGUGUGUGAGAUCCAGAGCCCUUGUUUCAUGGUUGUAUGGCCCAAUGGAUGGAUGGAUGGAUGGAUGGAAAGGACGCUCAUGGUAGUACAACCCUGCUAUCAGACUGAUGUUUUAAACAUGUUACUCUGGCAGAGACCAUUUCCAGUCAACCAAAGGGGGCUUGACUGCGUACAAGGCCAGAUGCCAAGCUGAACCAGACCACAUUCUUCUUUGUGAGCUUUAAGAAACCAAGAUUAUUACCAUAAUAUUUAAGCAAAGUGAAUAAUGUUUUGAAUUUAUACAGAGGUACUGUCAUUGUCUUAUUAGAACCAAUGAAUUCUGGAUAUUUGAGAUUGUUUGAGACAAUAAUUACUUAUUUGAGUUGUUAUAUUCGAUGGCAAUAUACAGUAUAGUGGUUGUCUUUUGAUUUCUGCUCAUUUCUUUGACUAUUUUUUGGAUAUAUUGGUUGAAAUAAUUUAACUGAGAGCAAAUAAAAAUGAUAUGAGUUGUUUUAUACAUUUUGGA